AUGUCUUCAUUCUCCUCUUUCGCCUCCGUCGUCGGCGCCUCGCUGCCCUUCCUCUUUCUCGGAGGUCUGGUAUGGGCGACCUCGACCUUGUUGGACGUCGACGCCACGUAUAUGCCGCGACAGCGGACUAUGCCUGGUAGCUGGGAUAGCACUGAUGAUGAGCAUCCCAUUUUCCUUACUCCCCCUCAGCCCCGUCACAGCCCAUCUGCCAUUUCUCGCACUGCCUCGUCUGUCUUUUCUGCCCUGUUUCCCUUUUCCCAGCCUCGUUCCAUCGCGUCCACAUCCCUGGUCGUUUCGUCCCCUUCUGCUUGCCCUGUCCCCUCUCACAACAUGAAGCGGCCCAGCGCUCGUGCUUCGUCUACUGGUGUAUUCCCGACGAGCACUUCCCCACAGACCUACUCACACUUGACAAGCUCGCAGUAUAGGUCCACCUCUAGUGACAAGGCGAUAAGGAAGGCACUGAGAAAGGGUUCGUCUGUCACCGCCGGACGUUCUCGUUGUCGUGCUAUCGAUCGGUCGACAAAAGCCCCGACAUUGUCGGGCCACAAGAACUCCCCGAAGUGGACUUGCCCUCUACCAGUCGCCGACGAUACUUCCGCUUCGCCUGUCUCCGCCCCCGUGCCCAAGUCCUUUUCCACCCCCGAGAAGAUCAAGAAGACGGAAGUGUUCUCUCCAGUUGGGGAAGUCCAGCCUGCUGAGGCUCAGAUGGAAGUCGAGACUUAUGUCACGACAUACCUCUCUCCGCCUAAGCCUGCUCCUACUUCCUUGGCUGCCAAGUUGAAGCUUGAUGGCUUUCGCUGCGGUUCUGCACCACUCGCCGCCUUUUCGCGAUACCUUCAACCUUUCAAGCCAAUAGCACCUCUUCCCAUGCCUUCUGCCCCUCUUCAAGAUGCCCCAUCAGUUGAGAUGGUGAUGAGCGACGUGCCCCCUAGUCCUCACACCCCUCGGCUCCCAUUCGAUCCUAUGGAGUUGGAUCAGCCCUCUCGGGUUGCUUCACCUACAUCACCAUCGACGACAAGCACCUCUCCCGGCAUCCUGCGCGAGGUCAGUGAACUGACGAUGCAAUUUUCCAACCUCAAGAUUCAACCUCCCCCUGUCGACAUCUCAUCUCUGGUUGAGAUGAUGGCACGGUCGAGCUUGAACGACAACCAGGAGAAGGCUCCGAUCUCUCAGCCUUUCCCUCCACGGUCUCGGAAAAUUCACCAAGCCAAGCCACCGUCAACUUCGUCAUUCGCUUCAUCUCAGGCGACUCCUUCUUCCUUCUCUGGUCAAUCCUCUUCGGUGCCGGCGCCAGCUGCCACUGUCAAGACAGAGAAGAAGGUCGCCCGCGCUCCCUCUCGGCCCUCGACUUCGGCAACCUCUGAGCCUCCUAUGAGUGCGACUCCCGCGACGCCACAGCGUCCUGCUGGCCAGCCUUCUCGGCCAGCAGCUCGCUCUUUCUCAGAGUACCGGCUCCCAAUCGACUGCCUCUUCAUCUUCUGGACAAGCCCCACCGGCGAAGGCAACCCCGAUUCCCACGGCCUCGAACUCCAAGCCUCUCCCCCAGUCUACCACCCGGUCUUCCUCCAGUCAACCCUCCAAGCCGGCGCAAGCCAGCGAAGCAAAGAAGGAGACCCCAAAGCUGUCAAAGAUGGGCCCGGUCGAUCCCAAGCUCGCCGCCAUCUUUGACCAGCUUGAGGCGGAAGAGAACGAGACCAAGACCGACAAGCCGCAGCCCAAGUCUCAGCCCCAGCCCCAGCCCACGCCCAAGCCCACGCCAACCCUCGCGCCGAAGCCUUCGCCGAAGCCCGAGCCCAAGCAUGAGCCCAAGCCUGAGCCAGAAGCCGACUCGUUCGAGGACCUCACCUUUGAGGAUCUCGAGGCACAGUUGGCUGUCGAGGAGCUGGAGAUAGAGAAGGAGAAGAAGUCGGUGCCCAAGUACACGGGCAACGACCGCAAGAUUGCGCCUCUGAAGAGGAAGUAGGACACUUCCAAAUCACAAGGACUUGGCCCGACGGGCACAUCAGGUGGAUGACAUACUUGCAUUUGGUCUGUGGGACCGAUUGGGUGCAUAUUUGUCAUUUUUGCUUUUACGAGCUGCUAAUUUCCCCCUUCUCUGCCCCUUGCUGGUACGGUUUUCCUCAGCACACCAACACCCUCUCGGUCCCUUGGUGAGUCCUCCCAUCUUCGCCCUUCCUUCUCUGCCCUUAUUGCUGGUACGGUUUUCCUCAGCACACCAACACCCUCUCGGUCCCUUGGUGAUCCUCCCAUCUCCGCCAUUCCUUCUCUGCCCUUAUUGCUGGUACGGUUUUCCUCAGC